AUGGAGAUAAUAAUAGAAGACAACAAUAAUGGUCUUCCAGUUGCAAGACCAUCACCGGCAGAUCUCGUAAGUCCACCAGCACCAUUAGAUUUUACUGAGUUUGCAGCGAUUUUCGAUGAAUGGUUACCACCACCUACACCAGGUGAGAAAAGAAAGAUAGGACAUCGACGAGAUGAUCCACCAACACGGCCUUCUCCAAGACAACCACCACCACCAAUUAUACCAAGACGAACAUUACCACCAAAAGAUCCAAAUCAACCAUUAAUUGGAGAAUCAAUACAAUCAUCACCAAUAGUAAAAAAUAAUAAAAAUAAACAACAGCAUUCUUUUUAUUUAUUACUUCCAAUUGAGAAUCAGAAUAAAUCAUCAGUUAGAGAUCAAUUGAUAACACAUGAACCAUCAAUGAUAGUACCACCAAUGCAAAGUUCGACACCCAAACCAUUGAAAAAAUCAUCGUCAGCUAUUCCAAAGAAUCAUAUAGAACAACAUAGUUCGUUCAAUUUUGCAAUUAUGCCCAUUGAAUGUCGAUAUCAAUUCAAAAAAACUAGACAAAGAUGUACAUUUGAAACAAUAAGAAUUCAUCAAGAAUUUCUUGAAAAUAAAUGUAGAACAUUAGAAGACGAGAGUGAAAAUAAAUUACAUGCAGCAUUUCCAAAGCAGAUAUGGGCAAAAAUAGUAGAAUUCGUAAAAAAUACAGUUGAAAAUCCAUUGGAAAGUAAAAAGAAUAGUGAUAAGAAGAGAUUAGACAAUCUUCUAUUAGACCAAAUGAGACAAAAGGCAAUACUCGAGAUAGAGAAAAAAGGAACAUCAAUAGAACAAGAACAUAUAUAUAAUUUACAUGAAAAAUUCAUGAGAAAAUUAAAUCUGCAAUUACAAUUAGAUAAACUUGAGAAAAGAUUUACAGAAAAUCUACCACCACCAUCUCUCAACAUUUUCGAUAAACUAGAUUUACAUGCAAAAGAACUCAAAAAAGAUAAUAAUCACCUUAAAUCACUUCGUGAACAGUGGAAAAAUAUACUUCGAAAGACAAAAUUAGAUUUGACUAGUUUAAUGAGACAAGCAAAAAUAAUUGAAAUAGAAGAAGCUAAUAAACAAUAUCAAGAACUGGAAAAAAAAUUAUCAGAACACCUUCAUGAAAAAUAUUCUUAUGAAACAACAUGUCAAGCAGUUAGUUAUCCAUAUAUAUAUCGAUAUAUAGCUAUUCAUUUAUUUGUUUAUCAUCCAAAAACAAGAGUAAAUGAUGGAAUAGAUAAUUGUCUUGGAGGAAUGGACGAACUUCAUUUUUGUCGACGCACUUAUCCUCUUGAUAAAUAUCCAAAACGUUUUCAUUAUCAAUAUAAUGAUUUAUGUUUAUCAUCAUCGGAAAUUUGUAAUAAUCAUCAAUUUAAUUGUCAACAAAAUUCAAAUAUAAAUCGCAUGACGAUAGAAGAUAUUCUUUUGUCAUUCAAUUAA